AUGUCAUCCUUCUCUGUUGCCGUUGUGACUGCUCUCCUUUUCUGCCUGGCCGCCCAUGGCUGCUGCGCCCCUCCUUCUUCGCCGCCCAGCGCGACCACCGGCGGCUGGCUGGACGCAAGGGCCACCUGGUACGGCGCGCCCACCGGCGCCGGGCCGGAGGACAACGGCGGCGCCUGCGGGUUCAAGAACGUCAACCUGCCACCCUUCUCCGCCAUGACAUCCUGCGGCAACCAGCCGAUAUUCAAGGACGGCAAGGGAUGCGGCUCAUGCUACCAGAUACGGUGCGUGACCCAGAACCACCCGGCCUGCUCCGGCGUGCCGGAGACGGUGAUCAUUACGGACAUGAACUACUACCCGGUCUCCCGCUACCACUUCGACCUCAGCGGCACCGCCUUCGGCGCCAUGGCGCUGCCGGGCCGGAACGACCAGCUCCGCCACGCUGGCAUCAUCGACAUGCAGUUCAAGAGGGUACCGUGCCAGUACCCGGGCCUCACGGUGACAUUCCACGUGGAAGACGGGUCGAACCCGUAUUACCUAGCGAUCCUGGUGGAGUACGAGGACGGCGACGGAGACGUGGUGCAGGUGGACAUCAUGGAGUCGCGGCCAGACACCUCUAGCGAAGACGGCAUGUCACCCACGGGGGAGUGGGUGUCAAUGAAGGAGUCGUGGGGGUCCAUAUGGAGGAUGGACACACGGCGGGCCAUGCAGGGGCCCUUCUCGUUGCGCAUCACCAACGAGUCCGGGAAGGCGCUCAUCGCCGACAAGGUCAUCCCCGCCGACUGGGAGCCCAACGGCAUCUAUAGCUCCACUAUCCAGUUCGACUGA